AAUUACGGUCACUCCCCGGAGAAGAGACUUGUGAAGAGUUUCCAUCAAGUUAUUGUUGUUAUUGCUAUCAUUCAAGGCAUCACUUUGUCCAGUAUUAUAUUAUUUAUAAGAAGUUUUCAUUUUCGAAAAAUCUCUUUUGAUAAUCAUUUUGUUAUCUUCAUCAUCCUUAAUUUAUCAACUAUCUAGUAUUGUUAUUAUCUGUUCCGAUAUGUCUACUGGUCAUAGUCCAACGAAUUCAUCAGAGAUUGAUUUGGCUGAGGCUGAUCUCCAUCCGAUUGCAUGUUUUGCUUGUAGAAAGGGACACAGAAAAUGUGAUCGUCACCUUCCAGGAUGCAAUGAAUGUAAAUUGAAAGGAAAAGAAUGUAAAUAUCCAGAACCUAUGAAGAGAGGUCCUCCUAAAAACAUGCAAGUCUCGUAUAAUAAUCAACAACCAAUUAAUCAACAAGUACAAGGAUCAUCACCAUCAUUGUCACCAAAGAAUAGACACAGUCCGUAUGGUAGUACCUCGCUCAGUCCAGAAAAUGUACCAAACCAACAACCAAUUAAUCAUCAAAUUGUUGAUUUGUACUUUGAUAUUGUUAGUAUUGGUUGUCCAGUUCUUCAAAGAACAACAAUGUUGGGUAUUUGCUCAAAGCAACCACAGGAAAAUUCACAAGCAGAGGAAGUGGCAAUGCUCUAUGCAAUUCAAGCUAACUGUUAUCAAAGACUAGGUAGAAAAGAAGAAGGAAAGGAAGCAUUUAGAAUGUCCAGAAAGUAUCUUUCCGACGUGUUUGAUUUGUUGGAUAAUUUUCAUAUUGCUGCUGCAUUCCUGCAUCUCUCACUUUACUGUUUGGGAGAAGGUGAACACAAUCAAUCUAAAUAUUAUUUGAAUAGUGUUCAAUUUUUCAUUAAUCAAAAUAAGGAACGUUUGAGAGAUAAUGAUUCAUUUGUGAAUUUGUCUAAGCUUGUACUAUAUGUUCAAUUGUUACUUGAGGAAGAAGAAGCAUUAACAGCCUUGGAUAUAGAAAUUCAAAAGGAAUCUCAAGGUCUCCAACAAAAUCUAGUAAUUACUGAGAGAUAUACAUUGCAAGUGUAUCACUUUAAGAAAAUGAUUGAUCUAUUCCUAUUUGUAACACAGAAUGUAUCUGAUGGUUUGUGUGGAAAAUCGAUACCACAAGCUCCACCUGUAUCACCAAACGAUAUUGUAAAAACACACUUGGUCAUGGCAAACACUCAGGCAAUGCAAUUCAAUAGAUAUCACCUCGAAAAUUCACCUGCAGCUAAGAGCAUUACCAAGUUGAUGCAUCUUUUGAUUAUUGAUGGAUUAAGAUUGGGAAUUUUGUCAAGAUCUCCAGCUCAAUCAGAUGAGGCAAUCAUAGAAACAGCUAACAGAAUCACAGGAUAUACCACAUUAUCAUACUUUCCUUAUCUCCCUUCACAUAUUUAUAACGUAAUUAACAACGCAGCAAGAAUACAUCUUGCCCUCUACAAACAAAUUCAAAGAGGAGAAAGACCAGAUAAUGGUAUUGACUAUUACGACAUUUUAAAGAAGGAUCAGAGAGCAUUGCUUCUCCUUUCAGAAAGAUAUUCAAUGGUAGAAAAGAGAGCUAAACCAAUUUUGCAACAAUUGAGCGAGGAAAUUCUCAAGAGAGAACGACAAGUUGUACACAUGCAACACAUGUUUUCUGGCAACACAGGGCACGUAUCAGCUGCUAAUUUGCCAGCAUAUUUCCCUGAGGAUAGAGAAGCUCUUCAAAGAAUUGAACAAAUUACUUCUCAAAAUCCAUCACUAACACAACUUCCACCAUUCCCUGAAACAAUGCAAAAAGAUGAUCCAUUCGCUGCUGUAAUAGAAGACGGAUUUGAUUUUGAUAUUUUCUCUAAUGUUCCACAAACUGAAAACUUUUAUACUGACCCUCAGUUGCAACUGUUGUAAAUAAAUUCGAAUAAAUUUUAAGACAUUAACUUUC